UUACAACCUUAUAUCUGAACUUGCUACGCUGCACUUGAUGGUCGACUCAUGCAUAGCCACAUCACUGCUCCUUCAACAACAAACCACCACCAAUUAAACAUCUGGCCAUCUGCAAGUGGGUUUUCCUCUGAAAUCUCCAAAUUUAUUUCUUUUCCUUUGCGAGUAUUCUUUUUUUUUUUUUUUUACUCAAGUCAUGGCUUCCUCGAUGCUCAAUGGAGCUGAAAAUCUAACUCUCAUGAGAAUCAAAAGCACAAACCAUAAAGGGUUAAGCUUUUCGGGUUCUGAUUUUAACGGGAAGCAUUUUCCUAGAGUGAAUUUAACAUCUAGUUCUAGAAUCUUGAAAACAACAAUAAUAGCACCUAAGUGCAGUUUAUCAGCUUCUAGGCCAGCUUCUCAGCCUAGAUUUAUCCAGCACAAGAAAGAGGCUUUUUGGUUCUAUAGAUUCCUAUCCAUUGUAUAUGACCAUGUGAUAAACCCGGGCCACUGGACUGAAGACAUGAGAGACGAUGCAUUAGAACCUGCUGAUCUUAGUGACAGGAAUAUGUUAGUGGUAGAUGUCGGUGGUGGCACUGGUUUCACUACUCUGGGCAUUGUUAAGCAUGUGGAUGCUAAAAAUGUUACAAUUCUUGAUCAAUCUCCUCAUCAGCUUGCAAAGGCCAAGCAAAAGGAGCCUUUAAAGGAGUGUAAGAUCAUUGAGGGUGAUGCAGAAGAUCUGCCAUUUCCUACUGACUAUGCAGACAGAUAUGUGUCUGCUGGGAGUAUUGAGUACUGGCCAGAUCCGCAACGGGGCAUCAGGGAAGCAUAUAGGGUCUUGAAACUAGGAGGAAAGGCCUGCUUAAUUGGUCCAGUGUACCCAACAUUUUGGCUGUCCCGCUUCUUUGCAGAUGUUUGGAUGCUGUUCCCAAAGGAGGAAGAAUACAUUGAAUGGUUCCAAAAGGCCGGGUUUAAGGAUGUUCAGUUGAAGAGGAUUGGCCCAAAAUGGUAUCGCGGUGUUCGAAGGCACGGACUAAUCAUGGGAUGUUCUGUAACAGGUGUUAAACCUGCUUCUGGAGAUUCUCCUUUACAGCUUGGUCCAAAGGAAGAGGAUGUAUCAAAGCCUGUGAACCCAUUUGUGUUCUUUCUGCGGUUUAUUUUGGGUGCCAUGGCAGCAACGUACUAUGUGCUGGUCCCUAUCUACAUGUGGCUCAAAGAUCAAAUUGUACCCAAAGGUAGACCAAUCUAAAACAGAUUUGAGUAGAUCAGAUCUAGAGUUGCUACCACUCAUUCACGGUUUCUGGACGCAUCUUUUCUUUUGAACAUUUUAGACAGUUUCCACCUCCUCUGACUACCCAAGUUUCUUGAGCAAACUCGGAGCUCACCAGUAAUGUAAACGUACUUCUAGAUGCAGCCUUUGGUUUGUAUAAACGGAAGAAAAAGAAGUGGAUUGUAAAAUUGUUCUCUGUUGCUUGUGAAAUUAAGUUUUUACAUCUACCGCAAA